AUGGCUGGGACAAGGCGAUCCUCACGGCUAAGUGCCGCCAGCGAGGCGAUGCCUCCGCCGGCCGCGCCCGCUGCACCCACAACCAAUGGUCGCAAGCGCAAGGCCGAUGCAAAGCCCAAAGGCGAAGCACCCUCGACGCCCAAGAAGAAGCGCAUCAUUACGCCCCCGCCGCUGACGCCCACCCCCAGCGCGGUGGGAAUCAUUGCCGAGCCAGCCUUUAACAAAGGCAUGCAGACGCCCAAGCCGGCGGCGGUCGCUCGCCUUGCCAACCCGCGCGGCACCAAUGCGAUGCUGCUGUCACCCGAGACGUCGCGGCUGAUUGCGCCGCGCGAUGAGGAACCGCCGUCGCCGUCCAAGGGCCGGGGCAAGACGACGACGCAGAACCUUUUACAAGAAGCGUGCGACCAUCUCAUCAGCGUCGACGAGCGCAUGCGGCCCCUCGUUGAGAAGCACACAUGCCGCGCCUUUUCGCCCGAAGGCCUGGCCGAAAAGGUCGAUCCGUUUGAGAGCAUCUCGAGCGGCAUCAUCUCGCAGCAAGUCUCUGGCGCGGCGGCCAAGUCCAUCAAGAACAAGUUUGUCGCCCUCUUCGCCAACGAUGCUGACGGCGCCACCACCACCACCAGAUUCCCUCACCCGUCCGAGGUGGCCGCCACGCCCCUCGAGAAGCUGCGGACGGCGGGCCUGUCGCAGCGCAAGGCCGAGUACAUCCAGGGGCUGGCGGAAAAGUUCACGUCGGGGGAGCUGAGCGCGCAGAUGCUGCAGGACGCGCCGUACGAGGAGGUGCUGGAGAGGCUGAUUGCGGUGCGCGGGCUGGGCCGAUGGUCGGUCGAGAUGUUUGCGUGCUUUGGGCUCAAGCGCAUGGACGUCUUCUCGCUGGGCGACCUGGGCGUGCAGCGCGGCAUGGCGGCGUUUGUGGGACGCGACGUGGCCAAGCUGCGGAACAAGGGCGGCAAGUGGAAGUACAUGUCGGAGCAGGACAUGGUGGACUUGUCGGACAGGUUCGCUCCCUAUCGGAGCUUGUUCAUGUGGUACAUGUGGCGCGUGGAGGAGACGGACGUGAGCACCAUGGAGACGUGA